CUAGAUUUAUUUGCCUCAUCUUAAAAGUCUUUCCUUAGUCUAGUUUUCUAAGACUGAUAGCGUUUUGAAAAGAAAAAAGUAAAGCUGAAAUAUUAUUCAAUGGAAACUUUUUAUUAGGAAACCUUCCCUCUACUACAAUCGACAGUAAACUUCUCGUUUAAAGACCUAAACAUCAAUCGUCAUCAUUGUCACCAGAACAUCGAUCUAUUGAAAUAUGGAGCACAUCGUGAAGGAUGUAUUCGGAAUUGUGGACUAUGUUGUGUUUGUCCUCAUGCUGCUUAUUUCUGCAGGGGUUGGCAUAUGGUACGCCAUAGUCGAUCGAAAAAAAACUGAUCCACAGGAAUUCCUGAUGGGCGGUCGUUCCCUCAGUGUUUUCCCUGUGGCUAUGUCCGUUCUGGCCAGUUUCAUGUCAGCCAUCACAUUGCUUGGUACACCAGCAGAAGUGUACCGUUACGGUACGCAGUACAUGAUCGUCAAUAUCGCAUUCUGCUUCGUGGUACCAGCCACGGCUUAUCUUUACCUUCCAGUCUUCUACAACCUGGGAGUCACAAGUGCAUAUGAGUACUUGGAAUUGAGGUUUCAUAAAGCUGUAAGAACUAUCGGAUGUAUUGUCUUCACUGUACAUAUGAUUAUGUAUAUGCCUGUUGUUUUGUAUGCUCCAGCAUUAGCAUUAUCAGAAGUUACUGGGAUAGGAAUUUGGACUGCAGUGCUAUCAGUAGGCUUAGUCUGCACAUUUUAUACCAGUAUUGGAGGAAUAAAAGCCGUUGUAUGGACCGACUGCUUUCAGGCCUUGCUGAUGUACGGAUCCAUAAUAGUCAUUGUGGUAAAGGGAACCCUCGAUUUGGGAGGUUUCGAUGUUGUGUGGCAAAGAAGCGUCGAAGGUGGAAGAAUCGAAUUUUGGAGAUUUGAUUUCGAUCCUACUGUCCGACACACUUUCUGGAGCUUAGUCUUUGGCGGUUACAUCACUUGGAUGGGAAAUUACGCUGCCAACCAAGCCCUUGUUCAGAAAUACUUAACAAUAGGUUCACUCCGUGGAGCUCGGAGGUGUUUGUGGAUUAACUUGCCAGCUCUCAUCAUACUCAUUUGCAUCACUUGCAUGUCAGGGCUCGUCAUUUACGCCUUCUAUCACGACUGCGACCCAAUAGGAGCGAAAAUGAUUCAAGCUCCCGAUCAGCUGUUCCCUCGAUUCGUAAUGGAAACUUUAGGUGCGUUCCCAGGACUUCCAGGACUUUUCGUAUCCGGCAUUUUUAGCGGCGCUUUAAGCACAGUGUCCUCCGGAGUCAAUUCUCUGUCAGCAGUGAUGCUGGAAGACAUCAUUAAGAAAUACAUAGUUACAGACAUAACAGAAGUAUGCGCCACAAGGAUUACGAAAUUAUUAGCCCUGAGUUUUGGAAUUUUAUCAAUAGCUCUAGUCUUCGCUGCAGAGCAGAUGGGAGGAGUUUUGCAGGCAGCUCUAACCAUCCAUGGAAUUGUUGGUGGACCAAUGUUGGGAGCAUUUACUCUUGGAAUGUUCGUUCCAUUUGCAAAUACCAAGGGCGCAGCAAUGGGUCUUGUGAGUGGUUUCGGAAUUGCCAUGUGGUUCGGAAUUGGAGCACUUGCAAGUCAUCCCUACAUUCCAGAGCAAUCACGAUCUUACCAAGGCUGUGCUGACCUUUACUUUAACGCUACUAGUAUCGAUAUCGCAAACAUGACAUCAAUCCCUGAAACAAUUCGAAACAAUGAUGAUGUUCUUCCACCUUACCGAUUGUCUUACUUGUGGUUCAGCGCUAUAGGCUUCUUCGUUGUCAUGAUAGUAGGCAUAGUGGUCAGUCUUAUAACCUGUUCCAAAGAGGAAGAAAUUGUGGAUGAAAAAUUAUUAUCGCCCUUAAUAACAUGGCUCAGAAAAUACAUGCCUUGUGGUAAAUUCAAACAGGUGGCUUUGAAUAAGAAAGAAGAGGGCUUGUCGCAGACACAUCCGAGAACAACCAGUGUCAUCAGCGAUUCUGACUUUUAUCUGACCAAAAGAGCAUCAAUUACAUUCAUAUCAUACCCUAAAUUAUCUUAACAAUACUUAAAUGUGGAAUUGUAUAUAUUUUUAUCGAGGAAAUAGUUCAAAGGUAAAAUUUUAAAAGUAUGCCAAAGUGUAUACAGUGGCAGUCAAAAGUAUUCGUACACUGAAUUUUGAAGAGGUCAUCGCUUCAUAGAAUUUUAUUUAUUAUACUACGCCAUUAAACACAGAUACCAGGCCUUGUAUCCUUUAUUUUUGAGCAAUUUCAUCAAAAAAAGUUUUUUUGUAAAACAAUUACAGAAAAAAAAUAUAAAAAAUAGAAAUUAAUUAUCAAAACUUUUGUGUCAAAAGUAUUCGUACACUUAAGAAAUGUCCCUAAAAUUAUAUAAUUUAUCACAUUUUAAUACUUAGAAGGAUACUCCUCCGCCUUAAUUAUUGCUUGCAUUCCACUUGGCAUUGAAUCUACUAACUUCUUUGUGAUAUCUGGUGUAAUUGAUGCCCAUUCUUCCAAUAUGACGGUUUUCAGCUGAUUUUUAUUUUUACUUGUCGAUUUUUGAUUUUGUCGUAUAAAAUACUCCACAAAUGUUCAACAGGAUUCAUGUCUGGUGAUUGUGGAGGUGUGUUGAGUCUUUCGGGAGUGUUAUAUAAUACCUAGAGCUUAGCAUUAUGAGCUGUAUGCUUAGGGUCGUUGUCUUGUUGAAAUAUGUAAUAGUUAGUUUGAAGACCCAUUUGUGAAGCGCCAGAAUUCAAAUUACUUUUUAGAAUGUCAAUGUACUUUUUGUGAUUCAUAAUUCCAUCAAUGAUGUGCAAUUUACCCACUCCAUGUGCGCUCAUACACCCCCAAACUAGAAUGUUACCACCGCCAUGCUUUACUGUCGCACUCAAAUUUUUUGGUUGUAGCUCUGCAUUCUUUUUACGCCACACUAUUUGUCUGCCAUCAGAUCCAAACACGUUAAACCUGCUCUCAUCCGAGAAUAUAACCCUGUUCCAGAAAUCAGGAUUUUUAUUAACAUGUUGUUUGGCGAAAAACAUACGUUUCUUUCUAUUAACUUCCGACACAAAAAACUUUUUUCGAGAUACUCGACCAUGGAAUCCUGAUUCGUUAAAAGUGCGGCGUAUAGUACUUACCGAGAUCGAAAUUCCCUGUUUGAGGAGUUCUGCUUUAACUGCCGGGGCACUCAAUUUUGGAUUUUUCUUAAUCAAUCUUACGAGUAAACGCCUGUACUUACUGCUGUGUAUUUUUGGGCGUCCACUUCGUGGAAUAUUUUCAACAAUAUUGCGUUCGCAAUGUCGAUCUAUAACACUCUGCACUGUAGAUCGUGGUCUUCAAAUAGCAAGUGAUAUCUUUCUUAAAGAGUUACAGUUAUUAUGUAGUUUCAUUAUCAGUUUUCUUUCAGCAAGAGAAGUUUCUUUUUCCUUUCGGGCCAUCUCAACUUAAACCUGUAUGAUUAACAACAAAAAAUGCGAGUUUUGAAGCUAGUAAACAUAAGAAUGAAACAGAUAACGCGGUAAAAGUAAGAAUAACAUAACAACUCGCCAAAUAUAUUCCCACAAACGAUAUUUGGUGCACAAAUUGUCUUAAUUUUAUUAUUUUACAACUUGAAAUGUGGAUGUACGAAUACUUUUAAAGCAAGAGGUUUAGUGGUGAGAUUCAAAUUCUCACUCUAUCGAGAAGCUCUUUAUGAUCAAAUUUAAAAAUUCAAAUUAUUCAUGCAACAACUUGAAAGACAUUAAGAUUUUUUGAAAAUUUCUAUUAAUUUUUGCGCAAUUUCAAUUUUUAUUCACUUUUGAAGUUAGUAAUUUAAGUGUACGAAUACUUUUGACUGCCACUGUAUGAAUGUAUGUGUAUCAUGAGUUUCUUCAUCAA